UUUACAAAUUUGUGCAGAGACUGUUGAUUUAGCCAUUGUCGGUUAGACACCAUCCAAACAUUGGGUCUAUUUGAACUAAUGGAUUGCAAAAUUCUUUCCCGAAUAUUCUACGGCUUGUUUUGAAUUGAAAUACUGAAAAGCAAGAAGAACUUGAGCAACAGACAGACAGAGGAAUGAUCCAAUGAUACACAGUGCAUGGACUAUGGAAACUUCAACCAAAUCCUAGACAGAAAACUAACAAACUUUACCAAAAAGGUCACGGAAUGAAUUUCUUCGAAUAAUUUCCAAAAUUGCUUGAAAAUAAGUGGAAGACGCCUCCGCUAAAGUUUGGCAAUAACAUUGCAAAUUAAGAAAGCAUCAAUUCUUCAUUAAGUCAACAAGUUGGUUAAUAAGGCUUUGAUUAAAGUUUAGGGUAGAUAAUCUUUUCCGGAUUAGCAAGCAGCCGAAGUUAUAUAAUUCUGUGUUCUAUCCAAAGGACCAUCACGCUAGUGGAACUGACCGAAAGAUUAUUCUGAAACCUUUACAUUUUGCAGAACGUUUGACGAGAAUAUGAAGAAGUUUGAACUUGCCAUGCAAACCGGUUUGGUACCUAAACCUAGUGAUACAGGAAAGGAUAUCACCUUACGAAAUGCGAGUGAACACAAGAGGCUGGAAGGACACUUGAAGCAUUUGGACCAUCAACUUCGUAGCAAACUUGUAAGCAUGCAGGCAGAAAUUAUGGAGCUUAAGGCAUCGCAGUAUGGACUGGUGAAGAAGGAAAAGAAACGCUCUCUAAGAUUGCUGGAAAGUCGAGAUAGAGCUAAUAGUGAAGGUCGACUACAUCAGCGUAGAGGAAGACCCAGGACACUCACAACUGACCAGUUGCCCAACGGUCCUUCAGUCCACAUGUCUACGACUAAUAUACCAGACCAAAAGGCGGACAGCCAAAAUGAGCUCGUUUUACCUGAGAUCAACAUAAAACAAAGUAGUCUGGUUGGUAAUACGACUAGGUCGUCCGCAAGCGACCGUAAUUCUUUCCCGUCUGACUCUUCCAAGAAGAAAAAGAAGCAUGGAGGUCUUUCACCGGUUGAUAAUGAUCUGCUUAACAUUCCUUCGCCGUCGUCCAUUUACAGACCAAAUUCGCUGCCAGAUUUGAGUCGGUUAGGGUCUAACAGCCAYGGCGUGGGAGGCGUUUCUCCACGGUCUGCGAGAAGAGUUAAAUUCACUUUACCAGUGUCAAAACCAGGGCAAAGUGACAAUGCCAUGUCCACUGACAAUUACAAAGAACCUGUGAAAGAAAAUGCAGCUCCCUCUGAGCCACAAAAUACACUUGCUGAACGGAUAAAUGACUUUAUUAAUCAAAAAGAAACAACAACAGAAAAUCUUGAAUCACCAGCAAUAGAAGUAACAGAAGUCGGGGGAAAUGACACACAAGAUGCUAACACGAAUGUCAAUGAAAAUGAUGUAUUUUAUAAUUCAAUGCUUGCAAAGGCAAGCAUGGAAAAUGGUCUAGAAAGCGCGCCGGACCUAGCAAGCCUUGGUUUCAUGGACUUCAAUGAUGUUAUUGAUAAAAGACUCAAACAGACUCAAGAAGAACUGCCAAGUGAAGACGAAAUGAGAAAGGUACGAUACCUAAGAUGGCGACACGAAGUGCCACAACUUGAUUUAGUAAAGACUGUCUUUGAAAAAGGUAAAGACUUAGACAUCGAUGGUCUAAAUGCUCAAGACUUAAAUGUUAAUGAUUCAGAGCCACGAUUCAGAAGUGACAAUGAUAAAGAUAAUCAACUUAAAUCAAGCGAAUCAUAAUAAAAUUUACGACUUUGCAGUAACUGAAUAUAAAACUGAGUGAAAAAUCCUAUAGCUAUAUCUAGACUAUCUGCAGCUUUGAUUUGCUCAAUUAUUUCCCAUUGGAAAGAUCAUAAUGAUUCAUCUAAAUCUUCAGAACAAUUAUAUGACCGACCGCGUCUUUUUGUUCUAAGUUAAAAAUACAAAAGAACUUUUAAACAAUUUUAUAGUUAGUUCAGAGGGGAAAUAUAUACUUAGGAGAAAAUGUCCCUGACAUAUUAUUAUGUAACUUAUGUGAAGAUGAAUUCUGUGCUGAAAAGAUAAAGAUAAAGAUAAAAAAAUACUCUUAACUACGGUGUUAUUAAUGGUUUCAUAAAAACACAGUAGUAUUGCUACACUUUAUUUAGUAAGGACUAAAUAAAGACAGCCGACAUCAAAUGUUUCCAUAACUCUUGCGAUUUGUGUACAUAGCGACAAUUUACCUACACUGCCCGCCAGACACUUUUGGAAACACUAGUAUACGAUUAUGAUAUUCAGUUCCAAAUGCGUUACAAAAUAUGGCACCAUAAGUUGAAAACUACUGAAGUGUUGUGCUACGAUUUAUGUAAUUACCUCAUUAAGGUUUGAAUUGCCUACAAACUGCAACAAUAGAGCCGUACAAAGUACAUUGAAAUCAAAGCAAUUAGCGUAUUUAUGAGU